GUAGUGCGUUGUUCUUUAAAGAACUAACAUCUUCUGACACGUAUCACCUGACUUACACUGCAAAAUAUCAGCAUAAAUUAUAUAAACAGGUUUUAAAAGUAGAGACUAGCGAAUAAAAACUUGCUUUAUCAAUUGGGUUAACAAGUCGUACCCGAAAACGCUCGUAAUUCGUUUCACAGUUAGAAAUGUUUUCAGUCGAUCGUCUGCACUCGAAGUAAGAUGGAAGCAGAAGAAACUGUUGGGAUUAAAGCUCGUAGUGUUUUAUGGUAUUUAACCUUCGUAGGCUUUGCCAUGAACUACAUGAUUCGUAUAAAUGUCAAUAUCGCGAUUGUUGAUAUGAUAAGUGCUGAGUUUAAAGGAGGUAAAAGUGUUGAAGCAAUGUCAGAAUGUCACACAUUUGUAAACUCAACAAAUGAGACUUUUUAUCACAUCAGUCAUGAUGAGAGAAAUGACGACUUUGACAAUGAAAAAAAUUAUAUUUCGCUAGAAAGACGACUGCUUGAUUUUAUUGGAGUUGAAUAUGAGCGAGACGGUUUCAAGUGGAAUUCACAAGCACAAAAUGAAGUGUUGGGAGCAUUUUUCAUUUUACAUUGGAUGACACAACUUCCAGGUGGAAUUCUUGCUGCUAAAUAUGGAACGAAGUUGAUUUUUGGCCUUGCUAAUUUCAUCGGCUGCGUCACAUGCAUGCUCGUGCCAAUAACCGCAUAUUUUAGUAUCAGAGCGGUCAUUAUUUUAAGACUUUUACAAGGUAUUGUUGCUGGCGCUGCAUGGCCGGCCAUGAAUCAUCUUGUUGGCCGUUGGAUUCCACCGAAUGAGAGAAGCAAAUUUGUUACAGCUUAUAUGGGAAGCUCCAUUGGUGUCGCCAUAACUUAUCCAGUUUUCGGAUUCAUUAUGCAAAGUAGUUCUUGGGAAAAUGUUUUUCAUUUUUGCGGAAUCGUUGGAACAAUUUGGUACGUCGCGUGGUUAUAUUUUGUCUACGAUAUGCCAGAACAACAUCCGCGGAUUCAUCCGAAAGAGAAAGAAUACAUUUUGAAAUCUUUGGGAUCGUCGGUUGUUCGAGGCGACAAGACAAACUUGAAAGUGCCUUGGAAGGAGAUUUUAACAUCUCGUGCGACAUGGAUGAACAUCAUAGCUCAAUGGGGUGGUGUAUGGGGACUUUUUACUUUGAUUGCACAAGCUCCAAGUUACUUCCGUUUGGUUCAUGGAUGGGGAAUUGAAAUGACGGGAAUACUUUCGGGACUUCCACAUUUGCUUCGUGUAAUCUUCUCACUUGUUGUCUCGACACUUUGCGAUCAUCUUUUGGCAAAUAACAAAAUGUCGAGAACAAAUGUCAGAAAGUUGGCAGCAUUUAUGAGUCUUAUCAUGAAUGGAUUUUUCGUAAUUGGAUUAGCAUUUUCUGGUUGUCAUGUGAUACUAGCUGUAGCACUUCUAACCAUCUCAUUAAUGCUUCAUGGUGCUGUAUCAAGUGGAGCAUUAGCGUCUGUUGUUGACAUAAGUCCAAAUUUUGCUGGCAUUUCAUUGGGGAUAAAUUCAUCGUUCUCUGUACUCACUGGUUUCAUUUCACCGCUUAUCGUUGGAUAUUUAACCAACGGUCGUCAGAGUAGCAUAGAACCAUGGAAAUAUGUCUUUGAAAUUUGUGCAGCUAUGCAAAUAAUUUGCGGUAUCUUCUACUUAUUGUUCAGUGACUCGAGUCUUCAAGACUGGAAUAAGCCACAGAAUCUACCGCAAUAUGCUUUAACAAGUGGUGCAGUAGUGAAGAAGAUGGAAAAUGUCUCAGAUACACAUUGCAAGGAGAUUCAUCCCGAAGAAAAGCGAUUAAGUUAAAGAUUAACCUGAGUUUAGCUUGUAAUUUUACAUUUUAAAUAAGAUAUCUUCAUACAUAAGCAUAUAUCUAUGUAUAUGUGUGUACAAAUAAAUGCUUAGGUACAUGAAAAAUUCACAACAUAACGAGAAAGAAAACUCAACAAACUCUCAUGCAGAAAAUGUUUCAUCCUUUCGCUUCUCUAUUAUCAUGCAUAAUACAAAAACGACGAACACAAUAAAGCGUUUGGGUAAAUCUUAUUUCAACAUUAAAAAAACCAGCCACACUCUUUGCUUCAUAGAAUGAACCACUUAAACAAAUUCACAGAAACCGAUAAAACCACUUACCGUAUAAAAUGCACCUGAUAUGUUUAUGAAUGCAGCAAAAUAAAAUUUGAAAAACAUUUUCCAUUUUCUCUCUUUUUUUAGUUUUUGGUUUGUGAAUUUUUCAUUAUGCGGAUUAUCAAUUAAAACAUAAAUGAAUGAAAA